AUGAGUACGUCUGUAGAGAAAGGUCACCCUAGGCCCGAAACCAAUUCUCUCGAGACUCCUACAUCUGUACCAAAUCUCGCCCGAGUCCAGACAUCUUCAGAAGAUUCAGAUGAAGAGGUACUUUCGGCUGCUGGUGUAGGAUUUAAGCCUGAUGAUCCGACAUUGCCAUGCCUCACUCUUCGAAUGUGGUUCAUUGGCAUUGCCUUCUGUCUCGUUGGUAGUGGAUUAAAUACUCUCUAUACUCUCAGAUUCCCAUCCAUCAGUCUCUCACAGUCUGCCAUACAGUUCUUGGCAUACCCUGUCGGCAAGGCAUGGGAAUAUGUGGUCCCCGACUGGCAUUUCACCCUUUUUAGAAAGCGACAUAGCCUCAACCCUGGACAAUUCAACCACAAGGAAAAUAUGCUAAUUUACAUCCUGGCCAACCUGAGCUUCCUGACAAGAUUGAGUGCUGAUGUUCUCACCGAGCAGCGAGUCUUUUAUGGACUCAAAGCGGGAUGGGGCUUUGAGCUGCUCGCAACACUCCAGUCCAUUCUUUUCGGGUUCGCAUUGGCAGGUCUAGCUCGAUCGCUCGUUCCAGGCGUGCUUGGGAACACAGCUCUCAAUGCCGCGCUGCACGCUCCUCGCCAGGAGACCAAGGUUGGUAGUAUGUCGCGGUACCGAUUUUUCAUCAUCGCCUUCUUUGUUUCUUUCUGUUGGUAUUGGUUUCCGGACUUUAUCUUUCCUGCGUUGGGCUAUUUCACAUGGAUUUGCUGGAUCGCCCCCAAUAACGCUGUUGUCAAUCAAGUUUUCGGUAUGAAAAGUGGACUUGGGCUGUUACCUUUUACAUUUGACUGGAGUCAAAUUGCUUACAUCGGGUCACCAUUGGUCGUCCCUGUCUGGGCCAUCCUCAAUGUCUUGGUGUCGCUUGUUAUAUGGAUCUAUAUAGUUAGUCCUGCAUUGUACUACUCCAACACAUGGUUCUCGGCGCAUUUACCUCUGCAGAGCAACUCCAUUUUCGACAACACUGGCCAAAUUUUUAAUAUCUCGAAGGUUAUCAACAAGAAGGACGACUUCACCUUUGACCCUCAAAAGUAUGCCGACUACUCUCAUUUCUAUUUUCUUCGUCUGCGGUCUAAUAUCAAAUCUUCGUCGCAGAUCUACCUUCCAGUAACCUACGCUCUCAACACCUUUGGCCUCUCAUUUGCCACAAUCUCAUCCCUCUUUGUUUGGCUUUUUCUUGAGAAACGUCAAGAACUCAUCCAGACGUUCCGAAGCGCGCUUCAAUCAAUGAGGGUAACGGAGAAAGGUUCCACACUUGACAAGCUCCAGCCAAACUAUGAACCUGUUCCGCAAUGGUGGUACAUGGUCUCGGCUCUUGUUGCCCUAGGCAUUGGACUUUUCACAUACGAGUAUUAUCCUGUUCAGCUCCGUUGGUACGGCGUCAUAUUUGCCAUGGCGGUAUCUUCCAUCUUCUUUGUCCCGCUUGCCUGGGUGUAUGCGACUAGUAACAUUAAAAUCCAGAUCGACAUCUUCUGUAGAAUCAUAGCCGGUUACGUCUGGGAAGGUAAAGUACUGGCCAACAUCUGGUUCUUCAAUGUUGGCUACAUCUCCGGUAUCAAAGGUCUUGCCUUUGCUCAAGAUUUGAAACUUGGCAUAUACUGUGGUAUCCCUCCCAGAAGUUUGUUCCUGGUCCAGGUCGUGGGCCUUGUCGUUGGAACCUUGGGUCAAGUGUCGGUCCUCAAUUGGGCACUUGGACAUAUCCCGAGUGUAUGCGAUGCCAAGCUUGCCCCCAAUGGUUUUACUUGUCCUUUCUCACGAACUCAUUUCAACACAAGCAUGGUCUGGGGCGCCCUGGGACCGCGGCGAUUCUUUGAGGAAGGUGCUCUUUAUAGACCAUUACUGUGGUUCUUUCUCCUUGGCGCUCUGCUUCCCGUUGCAGUUUACUUGCUUCGAACAAGAGUAUUUCCCAACAUCAAUUGGAUGAAAAAAAUUCACGUACCGUUGUUCCUAGGAGGUCUGAAUUACAUCCCACCUGCGUCUGGCGUCAACUACGGUAGUUGGGCCGUGUUUGGUCUAUUGUUUGGUGUCCUUGUCAAGAAACGUAAAGCCGUCUGGUGGCGAAGAUUCAAUUUUGUCCUGAGUUCAGCGCUUGAUUGCUCAGUCGCCAUUGCUGGAGUUAUUAUCUUCUUCACCAUUUUCUAUACUGGUGCUGCUGACAAUUUCAGUUGGUGGGGAACUAAUGUAUACAAGAAUACGUGCGACUGGAAAAGCUGUUCUUAUAAGUCGCUAGCUCAAGGGGAGACAUUCGGUCCUUGA